AUCCUCUCACACCUGGAAAAAAAGAAGCAAAACAUGUUCAACAUUACAUUCGAAAAUGGAACAGAGGUGGAUCUGAGAAACACAGCGUACGCUCUGGUGUUUGGAUCUGUUACGAUGCUGGGUCUGCCUCUCAAUGCUGUGUCGCUAUGGAUUCUGUUGCGCAGCCACAGCCUCAAAUCUCCCAGCAACAUCUUCAUGGUCAACCUGGCCAUCUCCGACCUGCUGCUUGUAAUCACCCUGACCAUGAGGGUCUACUUUUAUGCCACAGGCACUUGGCCUCUGGGCAACAUGGCAUGCAUCUGGAUCACGAUGCUCUUUCGCAAUAACAUCCGCUCCAGCUCCAUCUUCAUCACCUUCAUCAGCAUGGACCGGCUGCUGGCUGUGGUUUAUCCUCUGAGGUCACGGCAUCUUCGCACCUCUUCCAACGCCUCGAAAGCUGUCGCACUCGUUUGGCUGUUUGUAUUGGUGGUGAACAUCCCAGAGGGUCUGGAUUUUGCAAGAUCUUUGAAAAGUUACAAUGUAUCCACCUGCUUUGAAUUUCGUCACAAGCAGCUGCACAGACCAGCACUGGCUUAUUUUCAGCCUGUGUUAGUGCUCACCUUGCUGGCAGUCAAUGUCGUGUCCACUGCUCUGGUGUCUUGGACUCUGCGCAGACAUCUCAAUGACUCUGCAAGGAUCAGGAACAAGGUGAAUGUCAUGCUGAUUUUUGCCAUGAACUUGAUGAUGUUCAUCAUCUUUUUCUUGCCUGUGUCACUCCUUGUUUUCUUUAAAAGCUGGGGACCUGCUCGCACGCCACUGAUAUGUCUUGCAAGUGUAAACUGCUGUCUGGAUCCUUUGUUGUAUUACUUUUCUUUUGAUGGUUUCUGGAAGAGAAAAGAGGAUGUGGACACUUCUGUCGCAAGGGAAUAGUGGCUGAUAAAAAUAGACAGGACAGGUUGCAGUAAAUACUACUUAACCCUUUGAAACCUGAGCAAAUUGGCUUGAUUUCCUAAUCGUGGCAAGAAAGCAAUUAGUAACAUAACUUGACAAGAAAUGGCCCCAAAAUUAACAAAUAAUUAGUAAAAAGAGCCUAUAGUUACCUGAAAU